AUGCAGAGCGCGCACCACGUGGCGAUCGACAUGACGGGAAGCGCGUCGCUGGACGUGGCGCUGGCGCGCGACGAGGCGCUCACUCGUUUCCGCGACAUCAAUUGGGCGACGUACACGCGUGCCGGUGGGUUUACCCUCGAGAAGGCAGAGAUUGCAGCAAUUAAAGACCUGGAAAAAGUGAUCAAGUCGAGCCCCGACGAUGCGGUGAAUGCACAUGCGGUCGACGAGUUUAUGAGCGCUGCUGGCUCUUCUGUGGGCACUGCGCUGCUCAAGUUGAUCAAGAACGUGACGGACCCGACGGUGCUCAAGUACUGUCUCGCUCGCAUGGAGGAACUGCUGCCGGAUGGACUGCGUCUGCGCAAACGGAUGGUGUACUUUGUGCCAGAAGGCAGGACGGUGGAUGCAGCACCGUUCUUUCGGCUGAUCCGCAACGACACGGGCUACAUGCAGUUUGCUGCUAGCCAUUUGCUCGCACUGUUUCUUACAAUCCGACCGAAACAAGACGAUGCCGAAGUUCUGAGCCAGUGGGCGAUCCAAGCGUUGACGACGGGUUCAUUGCAGGCUUCUACGAACGACCCGAGCCGUGCAAAUGUUACACGUGCUGCGGCUGCAACACUGAUGGUGCUACUACGUAACGAGGCGCUGCGAGUGCUUUUCGUCAAACUUGGGGGCGUGGCUACAGUGGUGAACUUACUGGAGUGCUCUCAGAACCGCGCACAACUCGCGUACGAGCUCACGUUCAUUCUAUGGACCUUGGCGUUCUGCGACGACGCUUUGGAAAAGUUCGCGGCUGCUAAUGCACUGGACGCGAUCGUGCUCCAAGUGGCAGCAGCCCCACGUGAGAAAGUCGUGCGCGUUGCUCUCGAAGCGCUUCAGAACUUACUUGGCAAGCUCAGUGGCUUCUUUGACGAGCGCAUGAUUGAGAGCGGGCUUAUGAAGACUCUGAACAACAUGCGCGAGCGGAAGUGGGCGGAUGAUGAUAUCGUGAAGGGUAUCCAGGCUGUCCGUGACGUGCUCAUUCGCGAGUACAAAGAGCUGAACACUAUGGAGCGGUACGAAAAAGAGCUACGAACGGGAACACUGAACUGGGGGCUCCUGCACACGGACAAGUUUUGGAAGGACAACUUUAUGACGUUUGAGCAGAAGGACUUUGAGCUUAUCCGGCUGUUGAUCGAUCUGCUGGAAUCUGACAAGCCCAAGACAGUGGCUGUAGCCCUUUUCGAUUUGGGCGAGUUCGUGCGCUUCUAUCCGAAUGGCAAGCACAUUGCCAAGCGACUUGGAGCGAAGAGGGUCGCAAUGAAGCUCAUGACGCACGAAAACGGAGAAGUGCAGAAGCAUGCCCUUCAGUGCAUCUCGAAGAUGAUGGUCAACAAGUGGGAGUUUGUCAAGUAA